AAAAGCCACUGGCAGAAGAUCCGAACCAUGGUCAAUCUGCCGGUCAUGAGUCCUUUCAAAAAGCGCUACUCCUGGGUGCAGUUAGCCGGGCACACAGGGAGUUUCAAAGCUGCGGGCACCAGUGGCCUGAUCCUGAAGCGCAGCUCGGAGCCAGAACACUACUGCCUGGUGCGGCUGAUGGCAGAUGUGCUGCGCGGGUGUGUUCCCACUUUCCAUGGUGUAGUGGAGCGGGAUGGUGAAAGCUACUUGCAGUUACAGGACCUGCUCGAUGGCUUUGAUGGGCCUUGCGUGCUUGACUGCAAGAUGGGUGUCAGGACUUACCUGGAGGAGGAGCUGACCAAAGCCCGAGAGAGGCCCAAGCUGCGGAAGGACAUGUACAAGAAGAUGCUGGCGGUGGACCCUGAGGCACCUACUGAGGAGGAGCAUGCGCAGCGUGCUGUCACCAAACCGCGCUACAUGCAGUGGCGCGAAGGCAUCAGCUCCAGCACUACACUUGGCUUCCGCAUCGAGGGCAUCAAGAAAGCCGACGGAUCUUGCAGCACUGAUUUCAAAACUACACGAAGCCGAGAGCAGGUGACUCGUGUCUUUGAGGAGUUCAUGCAAGGCGAUGCUGAAGUGCUGAGGAGGUAUCUGAACCGCCUACAGCAGAUCCGGGACACCCUGGAGAUCUCAGAUUUCUUUAGAAGGCACGAGGUGAUUGGCAGCUCACUCCUCUUCGUCCAUGACCAUUGCCAUCGUGCUGGUGUAUGGCUCAUCGAUUUUGGCAAGACCACGCCCCUCCCCGAUGGCCAGAUCCUGGAUCAUCGGAGACCCUGGGAGGAGGGCAACCGUGAGGAUGGCUAUUUGCUGGGGCUGGACAAUCUCAUUGGCAUCUUGGCCAGCCUGGCUGAGAGAUGAAGCUGAGCCCUUGUCCCACCUGCUUGGGCCGGCUGGUCAGACAGAUGUGGACCUGUGGCUGCAUCCCCAUAAUGCAUGCCAACAAGAGACUGGAACCCCGCUGGGCGGGCAGUUCACAUGGUCCUGCAGGACCAGGUGCCAUCCACUAAGGGGGUAUACUACCAAUACCAGGAGUUGGCCUCCACACAAGCCUGUUUUUAGAGCUGAAUGACACUAGUUUACAGGAGGGGAAGGAAACAAUGGGCUUCUCCCUUGACCCAGCUCUUCUCAAGUGGCUUUGCACCUCUCUAGAGGGACCAGAUCCAGAAUUUUAUUUCACAGUGUAUAAGACUUCCUGGUCUACCCUCCUACACUACAGUGGACACCCUUCCUAAUAAAACUCAAAGACACAG